CCGUAUCUAUCUCUGAGACGUACACACAAGGCUCCUCUCUCUUCACUCGCCGGCUCUGUCUUCGCUGUGACAACAUCACCACACCUCAGCUCUGUAAGUUUAGCUAGCUACCUUCCCUCUAACAGAGAGCCUUGUCAAUCUUUUAGCUAGCUACCUUGCCUCUAACAGAGAGCCUUGUCAAUCUGUUAGCUAGCUACCUUAGCUCUAACAGAGAGCCUUGUCAAUCUGUUAGCUAGCUACCUUGCCUCUAACAGAGAGCCUUGUCAAUCUGUUAGCUAGCUACCUUAGCUCUAACAGAGAGCCUUGUCAAUCUGUUAGCUAGCUACCUUAGCUCUAACAGAGAGCCUUGUCAAUCUGUUAGCUAGCUACCUUGCCUGUAACAGAGAGCUUUGUUAAUCUGUUAGCUAGCUACCCUCCCUGUAACAGCAAUCCUAGUUCAUCUCGCUUUGGAGAGACUAGAGGGUGAAGAGAUCCUUCUGAAAAAAUGGACACAGACAAUCUGGAGUGGUACACUAAGAACGAUGCCGACGUGAAGAUAAAGAUGUCCCAGGUGAAACAGGUGGGCCUGCUGGCUGCCGGGUGCCAACCCUGGAACAAAGAUGUGUGUGCUGCCAGUGAAGACCGGUUCGCUUACUGUGCAACACUUGCUAUAUAUGUCUACCAGUUGGACCACAGAUACAACGAGUUCAAGCUUCGAGCCAUCAUGUCAGAGCACAAGAAGACCAUCACGGCCAUAUCGUGGUGCCCACACAACCCCGAGGUGUUUGCCAGCGCCAGCGCUGACAACCUGCUCAUCAUCUGGAACGUGGCAGAGCAGAAGAUUGUGGCCAGGCUGGAUAACACCAAAGGCAUCCCAGCGUCUCUGAGCUGGUGCUGGAACGCAGGUGACGGCGUGGCGUUUGUGUCCCAUCGGGGCCCUCUCUAUCUGUGGGCCAUCAGCGGGCUGGACGCCGGCGUCACCAUCCACAAGGAGGCACACAGCUUCCUGUCCGACAUCUGUCUGUUCCGCUGGCACCCCGUCAAGAAGGGCAAGGUGGUGUUUGGACACACGGACGGGAGCCUCUCCAUCUUCCAGCCAGGAUCUAAAAACCAGAAGCACGUGUUGCGCCCGGAGUCUUUAGAGGGGACGGACGAGGAGGACCCGGUCACAGCGUUGGAGUGGGAUCCCCUGUCUACAGACUACCUCCUAGUGGCCAACCUGCAUAAUGGCAUCCGAAUGGUCGACUCAGAGGGGCUCACCUGUGUCACUACCUUCAUCUUCCCCAGUUCAGCUGCCUCUGUACAGUGUCUGGCCUGGGUUCCCAGUGCACCUGGCAUGUUCAUCACUGGAGAUUCUCAAGUCGGUGUGUUGAGGAUAUGGAACGUGUCCAGAUCUACACCGCUGGACAACUUUAAACUGAAGAAGACCGGCUUCCAUGCUUUACAUGUGUUAAACUCUCCCCCAGCCAAGAAAUCCUUGAGCUCCAUCUCCCCGACAAAGAACCACUACACAUCGUCCACCAGUGAAGCUGUUCCUCCUCCUACUCUAUCCCAGAACCAGGCCUUCUCCCUCCCCCCGGGCCACGCUGUCUGCUGCUUCGUGGAUGGAGGGGUGGGGCUCUACGACAUGGGAGCCAAGAAGUGGGACUUCCUACGAGACCUGGGUCACGUUGAGACCAUAUUUGACUGUAAAUUCAAGCCAGACGACCCCAACCUGUUGGCGACAGCCUCGUUUGACGGGACCAUUAAGGUGUGGGACAUCAACACCCUCACGGCGGUUAAUACGUCUCCCGGCAACGAGGGUGUGGUCUACUCCCUGUCCUGGGCUCCUGGAGACCUGAACUGCAUAGCCGGAGCCACGUCCCGGAACGGUGCAUUCAUCUGGGAUGUGAAGAAAGGCAAGAUGAUCACACGAUUCAAUGAGCAUGGGAAUCAUGGUAUCUUCUGUAUCGCAUGGAGCCAUAAGGACUCUAAAAGAAUAGCCACAUGUAGUGGCGACGGCUUUUGCAUCAUUAGGACCAUCGACGGCAGGGUCUUACACAAGUACAAGCACCCUGCUGCUGUGUUUGGUUGUGACUGGAGCCAGAAUAACAAAGACAUGAUAGCCACGGGCUGUGAGGAUAAAAACGUGCGUGUGUACUACCUGGCCACCAGUUCUGACCAGCCACUCAAGGUGUUCACGGGUCACCUGGCCAAGGUGUUCCACGUGCGCUGGUCUCCUCUCCGAGAGGGUAUUCUCUGCAGUGGCUCAGAUGACGGGACUGUGCGUAUCUGGGAUUAUACCCAGGACGCCUGUAUCAACGUGCUGAGUGGUCACAAGGCUCCGGUCCGAGGCCUGAUGUGGAACACGGAGGUGCCCUACCUGCUGACCAGCGGCAGCUGGGACUACACCAUUAAAGUCUGGGACACCAGGGACGGAACCUGCCUGGACACCUGCUACGACCAUGGCGCUGAUGUUUAUGGCCUGACUUGCCACCCCAGCCGUCCGUUCACCAUGGCCUCAUGUUCCCGGGACUCUACGGUCAGGUUGUGGUCCCUCACUCCGCUCAUCGCUCCGCUCCUGGUCAACGUCCUGGCUGACCACAGCUGGGACGACAUCAUCGGCAACACGGGUCAGUCAGAUGUUCCGAUACUGAAGAAAUGUGUUGUGUAG